GAUUGUCUCUUUAUAAAUUUAUCCGGCAAGCUUUUUUCCAGCUUCUUUCCUUUCUUUUCUUAUUUUAAACUGCCGAGUGUACAAAGACGACCCUAGCAUAAACCUGCUUCUUCUCUCUUCUUUUCGGUGAAAACACAGCAAUGAAUUCUCAGGAGGGCUAUGUCUCUGAUCGCGCCAUUGUGUCCAUGACCAAUGUCAAUCCCAUGCGAGAGACAUUCAACGCUUCGGCGCACCUCAUAUUCAACCCGGACGCAGAAAUACUAAACAUUGGCGUGGCUCAAAACGACCUUAUGCAGGAUGUGUUGAAAGACAAAGUUUCGACGUCGCUUGAGUUCCAGGCUAAGGACACGGGCUAUGGCGAUCCACAUGGUUCCAAAAAACUUCGGGACUUGGUUGCCGGGCUCAUCAACCGCAACUUCCAGCCUGUUUUGCCCUUGAUCACGGACCACAUCCUGACCACAACCGGUGCUGGCGCAGCCGUGUUUUUCCUUACGCUAGGCAUUACUAAUCCAGGCGACAGCGUCUUGGUCAUUGCGCCAUACUACGGCAACUUUGACUCGGACGUCUGUGUUGGCACCCAAGUCGAUAAUGUUCCCUUUUAUCCGUCGGUUACAGACGAUGGCGACGUUUCCAUUGACAUGGACCGGCUGGAAGAAUGUUUCCAAAACGCUAAAGAAAAGAACAACAAGAAUAUAAAGGCGGUAUUGAUUACAAAUCCACACAACCCGUUGGGCAAGUGCUUCUCGCGUGAGUCGUUGGAAACAGUGCUCAAGUUUGCGUCAAAGCACACUUUACACGUCAUCUCGGAUGAAGUGUAUGCCUUAUCCACAUUUAGCCACAUUCUGGAUGAAAAGCAGGAGAAUCCUUUUACCUCUCUGCUAAGCUUUGGAAAUCUCGAUCAAUUGAUUGACCCAGCCUUGGUGCACGUGAUAUAUGGGUUUUCCAAGGAUUUCUGUUUGAAUGGAUUCCGCGUCGGCUUCAUCAUUGACCAACACAAUACCAAACUGCGCCAAUAUUUGAAAUCGUCAGCUUUGUUCAGUUAUAUCUCAUCUAUUAUGGACCGACUGCUGCGCAAUAUGCUAGAAGAUGCCGAAUGGGUGGAUAGUUUCUUUGCCACAAACCAACGACGGAUCGCCGAUGCAUACAAGUGUGCGACAAGUCUACUCGACAAGCACGGACUGAAUUACAUCCCAUCCCAGGCUGGUCACUUUUUAAUGGUUGACGCAACGUCUCAUCCUAAAAUAUCCACUGUUGACGAUGAAAAGGCAGUUUUCUUUGCUUUAUUGGAGCAAGGCGUAUACAUUGCUCCUGGACAUAUCUUCCACACGCGCAAGCCAGGCUAUUUCCGACUGACCUUUACUCUCGAUCGCCAAAAGCUAGAGACUGGCCUCUCCAAGUUGGCUAAAGUGUUACAGCAGCUUUAAAUAAAACAUGCUGAUUCAAACCAAUGCAAUAAAGUACCUUGAACACACGGAUUGUGAGACAUGACCUGCAAAUAUUUACACGGAACCACUAUUUAUAAAGCAUCUAUGAUAC